UCUCGGGCGGAUCUUCCCGGAGAGCGGCCUCUUCCGGUUCCGGCUGCCGCGAGUGAGCGGCGCGCGUCUUUGGUUCGGCCUGGUGGCGUGAAGCGGUUGCGAGGCCGAAGAAGGAGCGAAGCCGCCACCAUGACGGUGGGCAAGAGCAGCAAGAUGCUGCAGCACAUCGACUACCGCAUGCGGUGCAUCCUGCAGGACGGGCGCGUCUUCAUCGGCACCUUCAAGGCCUUCGACAAGCACAUGAACCUCAUCCUCUGCGACUGCGACGAGUUCCGCAAGAUCAAACCGAAGAACUCCAAGCAGCCCGAACGAGAGGAGAAGCGAGUCCUGGGCCUGGUGCUGCUGCGGGGAGAGAACCUGGUUUCCAUGACGGUUGAAGGCCCCCCGCCAAAAGACACUGGUAUUGCCCGCGUGCCCCUGGCAGGAGCCGCAGGGGGCCCUGGUGUGGGCAGAGCAGCCGGGCGAGGUGUCCCAGCAGGAGCUCCCAUGCCCCAGGCCCCUGCUGGCUUGGCUGGCCCCGUGCGUGGAGUCGGUGGACCCUCUCAGCAGGUGAUGACCCCUCAGAGCCGAGGGGCCGUGGCGGCGGCGGCGGCUGCCGCCACUGCCAGCAUUGCGGGAGCCCCGACUCAGUAUGCGCCGGGACGUGGAGGCCCCCCUCCCCCCAUGGGCAGAGGCACUCCUCCUCCAGGAAUGAUGGGGCCCCCUCCUGGGAUGAGGCCCCCGAUGGGCCCACCGAUGGGCAUGCCGCCCGGCCGGGGCUCACCCAUGGGCAUGCCGCCUCCCGGGAUGAGGCCGCCUCCCCCUGGCAUGAGAGGUCCUCCGCCUCCUGGCAUGCGCCCCCCCAGACCCUGAGGCCAGCUGCAGAAGGAGCGGAAGGGGGUUGUCUGUCCCCUUGAAGAGAGUGCCAAGGGGUGGGCGGCGGGGGGGGGGGUGCGUGUGUUUUCGAUGGCUGCCUGUCACGUUGCUCUUUUUAAUAAAAGUUGGGACGUUUCCUGGA